AUUUACGAAACCAUACCCUGUAUAUACGAAGCAGUUUAAUAAAUAUCAAACACCGCCACAAUGUGUAUGUUGCAAACAAGAUAAUCAUCGACAAAUAUAUAUAACCAAUCUGGACAUCGAAUCGAUAGCAGGAGUAAUCAAUCGGCUUACCAUACUUAAAUCCGAUUUGAAACCCCGAAAUCGACGACGCCAUUUAGCUCUAGCAUUUCACCAAGCACAUGGUGAGUGCUGCGUCGAAUCACACUUCUUCAUCUACAUUGAGAAUUCUCUGGCCGCGUACUGAUUUAUUUUCUUCUGCGCCUAAUUUUCUCGGAUUUUUGGCGUAGACGAGGAUGACGAUCGACGACUUGUUCGAGCUUUUGUCGAGCACUUUGUGAAUAUCACGCUGUUAGCUUCGUCUUCAUCCGACUCUUGGGAUUUCUUGAUGACGCACGGAACGACGACGAGAUUGAGUCUGAAGCGAGCUGGCGAGGACACGAAUCCAGUGAGGGCUCUGGCGACGACGAAGUCACGAGCAAGGGAGGACGGGUUCAGUAGCUCGACGACAGACGCAAGCACGCGCAAAGCCCGAUGAACGAAGAGCGAGUGCACCACAGUGACAACGAGUAGGCGCGCAAGCGCUAACGCGAGCCAGGGGCAAGCACGAGUGCUGGGGACAACAGACGACACCCGGCGAGCAUGCAGCGAGGCACGCAGCAGCGACGACAGUCGAAUCGGCAACAGAGCGUUGGUGAACUCGAUGAAUACGACCACGGACGUGGGCUGGCGCGGAUAGGACAACGGCGACUGGUGAGCCCAACAGAGGAGCUUGCGCAACGACAACCAAACAGUGAAGCACACGCGCGCAGCCAGGGACUCAACGGGACGCUGGUUCCAGGGAGCCGCGCGAGAGGGAGCAAGAAGCCAAUCCAACGGUGGUUCAGCAGCAUGCGAUGGCUGGGUCCGAGGGGGCAAGUACCCAAGCCAAGCGGCAUGUUGAGGUCAGCACUCCGAGCGUACAUGCUUUGUGCCCAUGUCCGCGAUGAACCAGCCGCAGGAGAAUCCCGGACUCGGGCAUGGAGGAAGCAGAUGGCGCCCGAGCUGGGAGGGAGCUCCGGCCGGACUCGACAGAGGAAGCUGGGGGGUUGCGACUUCCAUGGCCGAGUAGAGAACCGGCAUGGGCGCGGCGACCAGCGCCAUAGCGGGGCGGAGUUCGGGGAGGGGCUCGGUAGAGCGCGAGCAAGCAGAGAGCGCGGCGCGCGGCGACGGGGGCUCGGGAAAAGGGAAGCCGCGGCGCGUGCGCAGGGAGGAGCGGCCGAGCUAGGCAUCAGAGAGAGAGAGAGAGCAGCAGCAGCGGCAGAGGAAGAGGGAGGAGCUUGGGCGCGCCAUGGCUGGGAGCUUGGGGAAAAAGCCGCGUCAUGGGGGAAGCAAGGGACCAGGAGCGAGCAGGAAGGGCACGCGGCAGGGGGAGAGAGGAGCGGCUCGGAAGAUGGCGGAAGCUUGUGCGACGACGACUGGAUAAAGCUCCUGCGCGUGUAGGAGAUGAGGACGAGGAAGCGACGACCAAAAAAAUCAGAGAGCAAAAGAUCUGAACAGAGGCAGCGGAAGGAUAGGGAUGGAGGGAUUUUCUUUUCAGAUUUUACAUUUUCCUCUUUUUUAUAAAUAAAAUUGCAGAUAUUUUGGAUCAUAAUUUUUAGUGAUGUACACUGGGUCAACCCGCUAUACGGCUACAUAUUUCUUUCUAUGAA